GCGAAGCUUCGAGACGCAGGCAAAAACUGCAAAAUCUUCCAACAGAAGGUUGAUGCUCUGUUUGAGUCUGUCGCGAAUUACCGGAGACGACGAGAUACGGCCAUCGAGGAGGUGGGCAUCAAAAGAAGCCAGCUGGCCAAGACGGAGGAGAAGAUCGCCCGACUUGUGCGGCGGAUCAAAGCACUAGAGUCAGACAAAGUUCAUAAGGAGGAGUUGGCAUCGCACCUGGAACGCCAGCUAGGAGUGGUGAAUGGUGAAUUCCGGGAUCUCGUCAGCGACCUGCGAGAAUCGACACGAAAGGCUUUGGGAGGUAUCAAAGCGGCUAGAUCUAGGUAUACUACGGCCACUCUGGCAAUGGAGCGGGGAUAUGACUGUGGGGUUGGGUCCAC